CUCACGGUAGGCUCUGCAAUAGGGUCCAUACGCGACCUUUUUCUGAAAAUUAAAGCCAUCGACGCGAAGCAUGGUAAAUUUGACUGUGUGCUCUGCAUCGGCGACUUCUUUGGUCCCUUGAAGGAGCCAGGGACUUUGGAGGAUGGAACAGAUGAAACCGAGCAACUUCUGAAUGUCCCUCUGAAAUGUUACAUCAUGCAAGGAGAGAACCCCUUGCCUGAUUCUGUGAUAGAAAAAUACGCCAAGACUAGCGGAGAGCUAUGCAAGGAUGUAUUUUUACUGAAUAAAUCAGGGAUUAUAACGACCGCUCAUGGUCUUCGAAUAGCUUGUCUAGGUGGCAUCUACAACCCAGGCAUCUACACCACUGCUGAAGCCCCUCCUGGGUUCGCAUCUCCUUUCUUCUCCACCCACACCGUCGAACGCCUCCUCUCCAACACUCUCGUCAAAUCAUCCUCAAAAUCUCAAUCCAAGAACCAAACGUAUACCUCCCUUACUUCCAUCCUCAACGCCUCUUCUUCCUCGCAGCUUGUCGACAUCCUCAUCACAAAUGACUGGCCUGCAUGCAUCACACAGCACUCCUCGGCGCCUUUACCUUCUCCAGAGCUCUCAUCUGAGGGCGCCACACCACUGGAUGAGGUAAUUAGGAAGGUCAAACCCAGAUAUCAUUUUGCUGCCUUGGGUGGCCGGCCGCCACAGUUUUGGGAGCGGGAACCUUUCGUGUGGGAUGAUGAGGCAGGAAGGGUUUCCAGGUUCGUAAGUCUUGGUGCAUUUGGUGCUGAAGUUACGGGUGGUAAGAAGCCAAGGUGGUUUUACGCAUUUUCCAUCACUCCACCUUUCCCGUCAAACCCCGUUACAGCCCGCCCUACAAACGCCACCAAAAACCCUUUUACUGAAUUAGCUCCCCGACCCCAAAAACGGACGCUCGAAACAUUCGAAACAACAGAGAAUUUCAUAUGGGGAAAUGUCCCCCAGCACGGCAAGCGUCCACGAACAAUAGAUGCACCACAAGGUGAGGAAGGCAAGCCGCCACCAGGGUACAAAUGUCGGAGGUGUGAAUCUACUGAGCACUUCAUCACCUCUUGCCCCGAACGCCAGAAACCUCCCGAAGGAUAUGUGUGCCGUAUCUGUAAUACGCCCGGGCAUCUUGUACGUGACUGCCCUACGCGCCAUGCUGUGGGCGAUACAGGUGGGCGAAAACCACGCCCCGGGUAUGUGUGCCGCGCGUGUGCCAGCGAGGAGCAUUACAUUGAAGACUGCCCGGUUGCUAAUGCAGGGCAGCGUGGUGGGGAGCGGAGAGGGAAGAGAGAUCAGAUCAAGGAGAUCGGACCCGACGAAUGCUGGUUCUGCCUAUCUAAUCCUAACCUCGCAAAACAUCUCAUAGUCUCCAUCGGAAAUGAAUGCUACGUGACGCUUCCAAAGGGUCAAAUUAUUCCUACGCAAUCCAACGCCGACGGAAAUAAUAGCAGCAUUAGUACUGUCCCGGGUGGAGGCCACGUCCUCAUCGUACCUAUUGCGCACCACCCAACGUAUAACACCAUCCCUGCUGACAUCGCACCUCCAAUUCUAGAGGAGACUGAUAAAUAUAAGUCUUCUCUCCGUGCUCUCUACGCCGCCCACAACGCAAGCGCCGUAUUCUUCGAAGUCGGACGUCUGAGCACAAAAGGAGGGCAUGCACAUGUACAAGCCGUCCCUGUGCCUAUCUCGCUCGCGGGGAAGGUGGAACAGGCGUUCAAGUCUCAGGGAAUCAAUUUCGAUGGCACAUUGGAAGAUUGUCAAAGUUCAGGACUACCAGGCGGGAGGGGUAGGAGCUAUUUCAGAGUGGACUUGCCUGAUGGGAGGUCAUUGGUCCAUCUGAUCGAGGAUCAUGCGCCGUUUGGGGUGCAGUUUGGCAGGCAAGUUUUAACCGACAUACUAGGUAUCCCUGAUAGGGUGGACUGGAAGGCAUGUAUGCUUCCCGAGGAGGAGGAUAAAGCAGAUGUAAAGGCAUUCAAGGCUGCGUUCGCGUCUUUUGACCCGUCGAUGUGA